AUGGAUACACCCAACUCAAGUCGACCAUUCACGUGCGCCAUGUGCCAGCCCACCAACCUUCCCGUCGACCAGCGUACUCUGUCGCUCCCGCCUCCUGCAGUCUAUGCCAAGUUUCUCCAAGACGCCCAAACCCGUAUCAUCCGCCUCGAGCAACUUGUCAAUACCAUUGUUCCAGUAACGCGCACGCUUGUGGAGAACGCUUCACGCCAACCUGCACCUUGCGAAAAGUUCGACCGGUUGGUUGCCGGCGCAAUCUGCCUGCGCGCACGCGGUCAGACAGUUGAGAACGCUAUGCAGACCAUAAAUGGCGCACACGGAUUCUCCGCUGGUCAAUGGGGGAUGUAUUUCCUCAGCCGUAUGGAGAUCAUCCAACCUUUCGUUGAAGCGGUGCUACGUCCUCACUCUGCGGUCACUUCUGCGCCUCCUACGACGGCGACCGACGUUGGUCACAAGCGUCCGCGCACCGAGUAG